AUGUCUGCCAUUAAUGUUGUCAAAUAUUACUUUUACAAGGGCAUGAUACCCAAGGAUCCCGAAAGACUGCAGAAGAUGGUCGUCCUAGCAUAUCGGACGGCUCGAGACAGACAAAUCUAUCUAAAAGCGGUUCUUAUUAGAUCCGAUAUCCACGACACAACUAGUAUAAAUGGUGUUCGACAGAAGGAUCCGAAAGGAGACCAUGUAACUCUCUGUUAUAAGGACGCAGAACAUAUCUCUGCCGACUCGACUAGGAGAAGAAAGGGAAAACAUUUAUGGCCCUCGACAGAUCAGCUUGAAGAAGCACCAGAGAUCGGUUACGGUGACUUUCCAUGA